AUGAAAGAACGGAACCGCGAUCAUGUAAUUACAUGUACGAGCAAUGUUAGGAACAUUCUCCAGACUAACAAUUCACAUGUGGUCUUUCAUUGUCUGCUCAACAGGUCAUCGAAGAUUUCUUUAACUUAUGUUGUUGUUACACCACAUACAAGGAUUUGUUGUGUUAAGUUAAGGAAAAAAGAAGUUUUUACGCUCUCGAACUGCAAAGUGACCACAACUACCAGCGCAUUAACUUUGAGAAUUCUCUUAAGACUUCUUUUCUUACUUUUAGCUAAAGAAUAUUUUAUAUAA